GUCUGGUUUUCCCAGAAAACAAUAACGAAAGUAGAGUGACAACUUCGAACCAGAAUUGCUGUAGAAUUUGAUGGAAUUUGACAACAUUACUGCUUACUAAAAAUGUCCGAACCAUGUAAAUGAGUCGUAAUAUUUGACAGAUGAAUAUGAGGUGUAAAAGCUCAGACUGUUGCUAUGAGCAGGAGAAAAAAUUUAAGUUUUGUCCAGAAUGUGGCUGGAAAGCAGAAAAUGAAGACAUUACAGCAUCUGAAGUUGCAGCGGGAGUAACUAAAACUGAUGGAGAUGUACCAAAUGCUGUAUUGAGUCAAGCAUCAUUUGAUGAAAAUCUACAUCUUCACGAAGUUAAAAAUAUAGCAACUGACAAUGAUAAUCUACACCUUCCUGAAGUUACCAUUAGUUCCGCAGAAAAACAUGUAGAUCAAGACGCUAUGGAAGCAACGAACAAUGAAGUUACCAUCAGUUCUGUUGAAAAACUCAUAGAACAAGAUGCAAAGAAAGCAACAAACAAUGAAGUUGAUUUAUGCUCAUCAACCACAAGAAAAGAAACAAGUUCUUCUAGAAUACCAGAUAAUGGUCAUGAAACAGAUCUCAGUGGAACCUCAAAGAAAGGAGAUAAAAGAAAAGGUACCCUAGAAACAGAUGUGGAUACUGGUACAACAUCUCCUAAAAAUCUUAAAACAGAAGAAGUACAAGAGAGUCCUAACAAAGCAUUUUUAGGAGAAAAAAGAAACCUGUCUUUAGAUGAAAAUGCCAACGUAGGGAUACAAUAUGAUAAUAAUCAAGAAAUCCCUGUAAACCAAAGUAAAGAAAUAAACGUUCAUACAAAAGCUUCAAACUCCAGGGAGAGCAAAAAUGAAAAGCAAACUGAAACAAUUCAAGAGCCAUUAAAACAUCGUGAUGUAAAAGGUAAUAAGGCACAAUCUGAAAUGGAAAAUGAAGAAAUAUCUAUAAAAAGAACUGAAACAGAUGGAAAGGCAAGUAAUGAACAUGGAAGCCAGCAUUAUGGAAAAUCUGGAAAUGAGAAAAUUGAUUCUAAGGAUACAAGUUUGAACAAUUUACCUGAUGGUGAUGAAGUACAGGAUAUAAAUGAACAAGGUAAAAGUAAUGAAAGAAAGAGGAAUGCUAAAAAAAAGCAAGAUUAUGGUAAAAAGCUCAAAAUAGAUGAUAGUACGUCGAAGGACAAUGAUCAAAAACGUAUAGAAAAUAAAAAACAAGCACAUGCUAAAAGGGGACAAGCUUCUAGCAGAACUGAGGAGAAAGUAAAAGUUGUAUUUCAUGUUUUGGUAUCAAAAAGUUUUCACCUAGACCCGAAAAAACAUGAUGUGUAUAUUUUAUGUGAGCCACAAGCCUUAGGUGGAUGGAAUCAGUUAAAAAAUAAGAUGACCCUGAAGAACAAAUGGUACGUGGCCAGUGACCACUAUCACUGAGAUUUUUAUAUUUCUGUCACUAUAUUGUCACAUACAGAUUAGAUAAAAGAUUGUCUAAAUUUGCUCCUGUGUAAAAUUCAACCAA